AUGGCGGAGCAGGCGGGAGCCGGAAGGUACUGGUGCCACAUGUGCGCCGCGGUGGUGAGCCCCGCGGAGGGGGAGGCGGAGAUGAAGUGCCCGCACUGCCACAGCGGCUUCCUCGAGGAGAUGGAGACCGCCCGCGGCGCGGCCGCGGCCGCGAUCGACGACGGUGACGGUGACGGUGACGGCGACGGCGACGGCACGGUGGCUCAAGUGUACCCCGGCGGCGCCGACCGCCCGAGCUCCAUCUGGGCGCACGCUAUCCUCAGCACGGUCGACAGCUCCGUCCGCCGCCGCCGCAACUGGCGGCAGCAGGAGGCCGCCGGCGACGUCUACGACUGGAACGACCCCGAGUUCUCGCUGCGCCGGCGGCGUGUCACCGCGUUCCUGCAGCUCCUGCACGAGCUCCGUGACCGCCAGCUGCAGCGCCUGGAGGCUGCUGCCGGCGUCGCCCUCGAAGGCGACCAGCUGACCCCGUUCGGCCGGAGCCUCUUCAUCGGCGCAGCUGGCGGCGACGGCGGCGGCAGCGAGCAUGGCCUGGCGCUGGGCGACUACUUUCUCGGCCCCAGCCUCGAUGCAUUGGUGCAGCAGCUCGCCGAGAACGACGCAGGGCGGCAGGGAACGCCGCCGGCCAAGAAGGAGGCCGUGGAGGCAAUGCCGACCGUGGAGAUCGCCAGUGGCAACGACGACGACACGGCCAGCUGCCCGGUCUGCCUGGAAGACUACGCGCCCGGUGAGAGCGCCCGCGAGAUGCCCUGCAGGCACAGGUUCCACGCCAAUUGCAUCGUGCCGUGGCUCGAGAUGCACAGCUCCUGCCCUGUCUGCCGGUUCCAGCUGCCGGCCACCGACGACAAGAGCUCAUGCAACAGCGGCGACGGUGGUUUUGUCAGUGUCGAUGCGGAUCGUGAAGGCAAUGACAACGGCGGUGGUGAUGGUACUGGUAGGGCAACCUCUCCUCCAGGCAAUGCCGAGCCAGCUGGAGCCGAAGAGAGCGGCAGACGGUUGCCGCCAUCCUUACAGUGGCUCAACAGCCUGUUCUCGCCGUCGGCGCAGUCCUCUGGUAGCGGCAGCAGCAGUUCGCAUCAUUGGGAGAAUUGA